AUGGAUCCACCAAAGAAGAAGAAAAAAGCUUCUAGUUUGAAAGGCGACUUCUUUGCUUUCCAAGAUGAUACUUUUGGGUUUCCCAAGAAGAAAAGGAAGACUUCCAAAACGAAAAGAACCAAGGAUCAGGAAGGUUCAUCAGAGUCCAAAACCGAUGCGAAUUUGAACUUGCUGUCACCAAAGAAAAAUUCAAACAGGCGCAGUACAAGAAAGUCAGAAACCACCGAGCAUACCCCAGCUGGACCACAAAUCGUGGACAUUGAUGAAAAAUCAGACGCUACCGAUAAGAACAAUGAUACAGAUAAUGAAUGCGUUACACCGCCCCCUAUUAUUGAACACGAAAUGCCACUUUUUGACUAUGACCUUACGAAGGAAGUGUCAACCACUCCUAUUCCCGUUGAAGCUGAACCGGAUGUUCCGAAGAUCAUAGACCCUUACAAAUCUGUUAAAUGUCUGGUAUCUAUUACUAACCAAAUGCAUUAUUUUGAGAACAGCACUGUGGAUUUAAUGGUCAAAUGCGGUACCUCGUUUGGUAAAAUUAUGGACACUGCUUUAAAACAAUUAAAUUCUGAUCUGGAUUCAUUUAAAAAAUAUCAGCCAACAUUGGUGCUCAAUAACGAACAUGAAAUCAAACGACACCUCAAGGUGAGCUCUCUCAUUACGAGCAAUCUUUUGUCGCCCCAGGCAUCUGACAAUGAUGUGUUGAAGCUAUCACUUACUUUGAUGUCGAGCCAACAGUAUGAGCUCAUGAAUUUACAGAGGGAGAUGAGGCUCCAGACUCUCUCUACAAAGAAUGAUCUUCAAAAUAUUGAAAAAAUCACACCCAUUGAGGAUGAUUUAAAUGAUGAUAGUGAGUAUUUUACCAUUGGUCUACAAUGUGCCCAAGACGACAUUUCAAAGGUUAUCAUGGUCUGUUCUAAUACUCCACUGAAGAGGGUUCAAGAAUAUUAUCUACUAGUCAUGGGAUAUCCUAGGGCAUUAUCGACUAAUUUAUCUUACCAAGAAAUGCCAAUAUCAAGAUAUUCAACUAUCGAAGAGUCAGAAAUUAGAAAAAAUACUAUUCUCCACAUUGAUUACGAAGAGAAAGAUUUGCAAGCUCUCAGAGAACAAACUGAAGACCAUGAAGAAUCGCUUCUAAUAGACGACAUUGUGAAGGAUGAAAAAAAAACUGAUCGUCAGUUUUUCAUUCACAUGAAAAGUAAUGACGGUAAAGAGCCUAUCAAGCUUAGUGUGAGCAAGAAUACCCCGAUCAGUUUCAUCAAAGAUUAUUACCUUACUACCCAGGGACUACCCUCAAGUACCAAGGUUCAAUUACUUUUUGAUGAUGAAUCAUUAAACAUGUCCAGUAAAGUAGGCGACACUGAAUUGGACGAGGACUUUCUAAUAGACGUUGUGAUAUGA